CCGCACUUCCUUGGUUGUCAGUUGUCACCACAUGUUCAACCGGAUGAAGACACCAGCGUGGUUCGCACGGAGUUGACUGACGGUGUUGUUUUUAAUUCUACAAUACAUGUCUCGUAUCAUUCAUUAAUCUAAAUGACUGAAACCAAAGCAGAAACGGCUCCUACGCCGGCAAAACAACUGCUGGCUCUGAAUCCCAAACAAGAGUCAGAGUUCAAGAAGAAGGUGCAGGAGGCGAAGAAGAACAAAUCUAGCAAGGGGGGCCGUUUGGACCCUGGAGUGGUUUAUGUUAGUCACCUUCCACAUGGGCUGUUUGAACCUCAGCUCAAAUCUUACUUCGAACAGUUUGGGAAAGUCCUGAGGCUGCGGCUGUCCAGGAGUAAAAAGACAGGUGGAAGCAAAGGCUAUGCAUUUAUAGAGUUUGAUUGUGAUGAAGUAGCCAAAAUUGUUGCAGAGACUAUGAACAAUUACCUUAUGGGGGAGAGGCUCAUCAAAUGUCACGUGAUUCCACCAGAGAAAGUGCAUGAGAAGCUGUUUGUCGGCUCCCAGAGGGAAUUUAAAAAGCCCUCAUAUCCUGCUGUAACGCGCUACAACAAGACGCACACAGAAGAGGAGGUCACCAAAUUGAAAGACAAACUCCUGCGGAAAGAAGCGAAGCUCCGCAAGAGACUUGCAGCACACGGCAUCGACUACGACUUCCCUGGAUUUGCUGCCCAGGUGCCUCAGAAGAAAAAGUCCUCUGAUUCCUUGGAUGCGUCUACAUGUAGUAAUGAUGCCACACCAGUCUGCACCCCCUCUGUCCUGGAGAGGAGGAAGUCCACAGUCAUUGAUGAUGAUGCAGAUGAUGAAAUUGUCAUUAGGAUGCCACCUGUAGAGAAAGAUGACUGCUCCUCCUCCUCAGAGGAAGACGGUGACAAUGAACAGGACUCAGAGAGCGAGGAACCUAAUGAAGAGGAGGCAGAGUGAUGUCCUCACUGUUUUAUUGUGGACUUGGUUCUCUCGCUGCAUACAUCAGGCUCAUCUUUGAACUGUGUUCAGAAAUCACAGUGCGUCUUUCAGUAUGUGGAAAUCGCAUUACAUUAAAGACGCUGGUAUGAAAGGUUCCACCAUUAUUGUGUGUAUUACACCAGAGGGCACCAUGGAUGGUGCUUUUUAAAAUCAUCAGUGAGCCUGAUUUAUGGACAGUUGUGACUGGACUUCUUUGACGGUCUGUUUCCUUUGCCAUACAGGGCAACUUAUUUUAUUUUUUGCUUUAUGCACACUUGUCUAAAAGCGUGGUUAAAUUUGUACUAUGUAAACUAUGAUCUUUAAAAAUAAAUAAUGUGAGAAGGUA